GGUCUCAUUACACCCACACACACACACACACACACACCGCAGGAUGUGAAUCAGCUCUCAGAGGUGUUUUCUGUGGAACUGACGGAGGAAUUCCAGGAAGCGGACAGCUGAGAAAGACGCGGUGUUUCUCAUGAAGGCUCGCUGGAUUCUCACUCCUUUUAUUUAGUUCUCACUCGUUUCAUUCAGCAGUUUUUCGGGUGUUUGUUGGGCAGUUUGAGGGCCGGAGCCAUGCUGCUGGACGGUGCAUUCAGGGCCCCUCUGCUUCCUCCUCAUCUUCCUCUUCUUCUUCUGGCGGUGAUGAGCGGAGCCUCUGCUGUGAUCGUUCCGCCUCCAACAAACCUGAGAGUGAGCUGCGAAAACCUCAACGUGACAGCCAGCUGGGAGUUCAGCAGACAGCAGCCGCCGACCGUCUUCAGCGUCCGUGUCGGAUGUGCAGCUGAGUCUCACGAGAUAAAAACCAGAGACCAGCAGUGUGAUCUGACCAGCUUCAUCUGGUCGUCUGAGAGCAGCUACAUGGACAACUUCUAUGUCACAGUGACAGCCGAGCAGGGAGGAAACCAGUCUGAACCAGUUCAGUCCAAAACCUUCAGCUUCAACACUAUGAAGACGGUCGAUGUGAAAUGUGAGUUGGAUUUCCCCCCCGUGGAUCUGAAGUGGACGGACUCAGGAGCCACCGUGAGUUUCAGAAAUCCCUUCCACGUCUACAGCCUGAAAGCCAACAACCCGUCUGAUGCCUGGUUUGAUCUCAGAGCCUCCACAAAUCCGUCAGGCGGCUCAUCGAAGACAUAUUCUUACAAAUGCACAGCGAGAGAGGAAAGCUGCAAACUUGACGUCGGGUUUCUCGGCGGCGUGGAGAGAUGUGUGGCGCUGGAUGGAACGCUGUUUGAUUCGAUCGGUGUCGGCCAAAUUUUGUUCAGAAAGGUCGAGCGCGUCUGUGCCGACGAGCCGGCUGAGGAUCACCUGGUCGUCCUGCUGGCUGUGCUGCUGUCGCUCGCCGCCGUCGUCAUCAGCUUGAUAACAGUUUGCGUCUGUGUAACGAAGGCCUGGACGAUGAAGACGAGCGAGGAUCUGCCCCGUCCUCUGUGGUCAGAACCCCUCAGACAGGACCUGAGGUACAACACUGUGUCCGACCCCAACAUGGUCGUCGUCACGCCGACUGGAGUCCUCCCCCUGGACGAGUGUACCGAGGACCUGCAGGACAGAGGCUUCUGGUCUGACUCGGAGGAAGGAUUUUCAGCGAGCAGCAAGCGCGAGCAAGAGGCCACGGCGCUGAUGUACGAGGGAAACAGGACGGACGACGACUCGGCAGACAGCUCGGUGAAAACGGAGUGUGUUUCGUUGCACUGGGACGAGGUGGGAGAGGAGGAGCAACAGGAGGAGGAGGAGGAGUCUGACCGGCCAUAUGACCGGCCACACAAUCUGCCAAUGGACAAUGUGCAAGUGGACAUAGGUGAUGGAGAGAUGGUCACAGCGUACCUGGGGAGGUAGAACAUCAGUCUGAGGGCUUCGUUUGGGAUUAAAGAUCAUUUAAUGACGAUUCAACUGGUAACAGACACAACGUGCACGAUAAGGUCCAAGCAGACAAACACACUUUAACUCUCGCUCAAGAGACUCGGAGGAGAAAUCCACUCAGAUUCUUCAGGACUGUAAACAGCACUGAUGAAUGUGAGAGAGAGAGAGAGGCGGGAGGAAGCCAAAGAACUGUGACGGGAAGAGGAUUGAAAAGACGUUGGCGUGCAUCAUCUGCACUGACCAGCAUGUGAAUGUUCAGUAAUAUGAAAUCUACACUCGUAUUUAACAUGUCUCAGAGGAGAUUAAUAGGAAAUGUUGCCAUUUUGACUCGGUUGGACCAGAGAAUGAACGCGGUGAUGGUGGAGGCACCGUCAGCUGCUCUCUGUCUGUGGACGGGCAUUUAAAGCUAAAAAGCUGCUUGAUUAUAUGUUUAAUGAAUUACUCAGUUAGCUGCUGUGUGUAUGUUCUGUAACAGGACAUGCUUAUUAUCAGGUGGUAAAAUGUGAGUAGCAGGAGUUUUAUAACAUGAUUCUAUCAGCUGUCACAUUAUGUUCAGACUGGAAAAACCAAAGUCACAUCAGCUUUUUGUUUUUUCUGUGAUUGGCAGCUUCGAUCACAACAGGGAGUUUUAUCUUGAGAAAAUGACGGCAGCUCUCUGUAGACGCUCUUCUAUAGGUUAUAUCUUGUUCCAGGUUUUAAUCUGUGCCAGCAAUUAUUGUUUUAUUAUUCUUUAAAGGGACAGUUCACGGGGAAAAAAAGGGCAUUUUCUCACUUGCAUCAAGUGGCAUCAUGUCCUGUAGACGAUUUAUUUCUGUUUGUAGAUUUCGAUUGUGCCGUUCAGACUUGUAAACUUUUAAACAUGCUAUGAGGAACUUUUAACUUGUUUUGAAUCCGUCUUAAUUUAACGCGCUCGCCUCGAUGUGACCCGCAUCAUCAAACGAGAUCGUCGGUGAGAAGAUCUGCUGUUUCUGUACAGUUAAACCUCUUAUGAAGUCGUUAUCGCAUCGUCAUACAUUUUAAAACUUGUUUUUUUUAUGUCAAAGAAAAUCCAGAGAUCAGUCUUCAGUCUUCAGAUGGGACGAUUCCUUUGGACUGACAGAGAGAAGAUAUGCAAAAAGAUGCAGCCCAACGUUUAAAUGUAAAUUUCUACUGCAGAACUUACAUCUUCAAACUUGGACUGAUGAAGUACCACAAGAAGUCAACUUAAAGAGAGAAAUGUGUGAACUGAUCCUUUAGACUGCGCUGACGGUUUUCAGGGUUUUGAUUUAUUGUUCCGUCUGGACUUUCCGCCCUGACAGCAGGUGAUUACAGGUGUUGAGAAACUCUCGGUCUUUAAGCGUCGGAUUGUGCCACACCUCGUCCCUGCCGGAGUCGGUCAGGUUGUGAGUUAUGUGCUGCUGAGCGACCUGCUGGACCGGCUCUGCAGCCUCGGGACUGGUUUGCUUUUAUUCGCCUCAUGUAGUUUGUUUACGUUACUUCAGGUUCCACUUGAUUUUAAUGUUCCACAUUUGUUUGACCUCUUGUUGUCGUCGUGCAUUUUAUUUUUAUAAGUCUGCCAAUAUGAUUAUAAUAAAGACGAAUCUAAGCCAAACAAA